AUGGCGAUUGACAAGACUUGGACGACAUUGAGAAAUCUUGCUUGUCGAGAAUAUUGGAACGGUCUACAAGCUUUCUUGACGAUGGCGUCGGAAUAUAAGGAUUCCUCUGGUAGAAUUAGGUGUCCGUGUGUUAGAUGCAUAAACAAUAGGCUUGAAACUUUACCUAUGGUGAAAGCACACGUAUUCGAUUGGGGUUUUCAUCAAGGUUACGAGAAGUGGAUAUAUCACGGUGAAGCAGAAGCAGAUGUUGCCAAUGUGGUGGACGCCAACGAUGAUGAUGUUGAUGAGAUGAUUCCGAUGGUCGAAGACUUCCUUCUACCUACAACCGAAGAAGUUGAAAAUAAUCCUGCGGCGGGACAAUUUUAUGACGAUCUGUUUGACGAGAUAGAGGCUGAGUUAUAUCCUGGUUGUCAUUGGAUAUCUUCUCUUAACUUUUUAGCAAAAUUAUUGCAUUUGAAAGUUAGAGGCAAGAUUCCGAAUAAAAUCUUCGAUGAAUUACUGAAAUUACUAAAGCUUGCAUUUCCGAAGGGAAAUAAAAUUCCAUCAACCUACUACGAGGCUAAAAAAAGAUUACAGAAAUUAGGGUUAGGGUACGAUUCAAUUCAUGUAUGUGAACAUGACUGUUGUUUGUUUUACAAAGAGCAUUCAACUAAAGAGACUUGUCCAAUUUGCGGAAGUAGUAGAUGGAUUUCUCCUGAAAAAACGGAUGGAAAAAAGGUACCACAUAAGGUGAUGCGUUACUUUCCAUUGACUCCUCGAUUAAAAAGACAUUACAGUUCAAGACUUACAGCGAAGCAAAUGUUAUGGCACUAUACUGGGAAAUCAAAAGACGAUGGGAUAAUGAGACACCUAGUGGAUGGGUUAGCGUGGAAGGAUUUCGAUGCCAAACAUCCUGAUUUUGCUAGUGAACCUCAGAAUGUUCGUUUAGGUUUAGCUGCAGAUGGUUUCAAUCCGUUUGGCAACAUGAGUCAAGCAUAUAGUAUGUGGCCUGUGGUGUUGGCUAACUACAAUCUUCCACCUUGGAUGUGUAUGAAAGAUAACAAUAUCAUAUUAUCCAUUCUUAUUCCUGGACCAAAAUCACCGGGAAAGGACAUGGAUAUAUUCUUGAGACCAUUGGUGGAUGAGUUAAAGGAGUUGUGGGUUAAUGGUGUCGAUACAAGAGAUAGUAUAACCAACACUAUGUUCAAGUUGCGUGCAGCCUUAUUGUGGACAGUUAACGAUUUUCCUGCUCGUAGCUAUUUAUCUGGAUGGAGUGGUCAGGGAUACAAAGCUUGUCCGACGUGUAAUGAAGACACAACUUCUGUUCGAGUAAUCGGUAAGACAUCCUACAUUGGUCACAGAAGAUUCCUUCCAAGUAACCAUCGAAUGAGAAGAGACACUCAGUUUGACGGACAAAUCGAGAGAAGACGUCCACCAAGACGUUUUACUUGUGACGAAAUAUUAGAACAAGUAAACAAACUUGUACCACAAGUACCUGGAAAACACGAGAUGCUUGGAGGUGUCAAACGUAGGCGUAUUGCAGAAGAUCAAAAUUGGAGGAAGAAAAGCAUAUUUUAUGAGCUUGAUUAUUGGUCUUCGAACACGUUAAAACACAACAUUGAUGUCAUGCAUGUGGAGAAGAAUUUUUGUAAAUUUAUUCGAGAUGUGAAAUUUCCAGAUAAUUUUUGUUCCAAUUUAAAGAAGAAAGUAAAUGCUGAUUUAACAAAUAUCAGCAGUUUAAAGUCCAACGACAGUCAUGCAAAUUUGUGCAAGAACUAUAAAGUACAAAAUUUAAAUGUUAGUCAAGAGGAUCACGAGUUAGGCGAUGAAGAAGCAGAUGAAGAAUUAGAUGAAGAAGAUGAUUUAUUAAUUGAUUUUUGUGAAGAUGAUGUUAAUGCUAAUUUAGUUAAUGAUGGAAGCGAUAGUGAUUAUUAG